AUGGAUGAGAAGAAGAAGAGUAAUGAAAGGCAACAGGAUGAGGAAGGAGAUGAAGAAAAGGAAGCGAAGACUAUACUGGGGAUUUGUACCAGACAGCAGUUCACUAUGUUCUGUGUGGCUGUUGGGCUUGUUGUGCUGCUGCUCAUCAUAACAGUAACCUCCGUCGUUCUGACCAUGAAUUCGGGUUCAGGAACUUCGGAGACCAUGGUAACGUUCCCUACGGAUGGAGACAUGCUGGAAUUUCUUCUUCAAAAUGGGGAGAUUCAAGAGAAAGAUGGACUCUAUGCUACAUGGUAUCACGCUGCAAAUACCAAAGCUGAAACCAAAAAAGCCCUGGAAAGUGACAUUAUGAUUCUGGAGGCUGAUGUCAAUGUUCAAGGUCAUAAUACCAUUAAUGAAACCAAUAUUCCAAUCAUGGCCCAUCCACCAGAUGUGUACAGUGAUAACACUUUGGAAGAGUGGCUUGAUGAGGUUAUCAAAUCUAAGAAAGGAAUAAAACUGGAUUUUAAAAGUCUUCAAGCUGUGGAGCCUUCACUCGAUCUUCUCAGGAUCAAGAAUCAAACAGGAAUCAACUGUCCCGUAUGGUUGAAUGCCGAUAUCCUUCCCGGUCCGAACGUUCCUGGUUUCUGGCCCGUGGUCAACGGCACUCGAUUCUUUGAACUUAUCCAGACGAAGUUUCCAGAUGUAACCAUCUCACCAGGAUGGAAGGUUCUUUAUCUGUCCCUCUUCCCCAAUGUGACUUACACGCAGGCUAUGGUGAUGAAGAUGUACGACACCGUCAAACACCUUCCACAAAAAAUCACGUUUCCUGUUCUGGCAGUUAUGGCGAAGAAUGGAUGGCCUCACCUAAGCUGGCUUCUCAGCCAGUCCUCCAGGUUCAGUUUGACCUUGUGGCAAGGUGAGGAGAACCCCACUGUCAAUGACCUGCUCUUCAUCAGAGAUAACACUAACCCUCAGCACAUCUACUAUGACAUCUACGAGCCGGUGCUGUCCCAGUUUAAAGAAGCUGCAAAGCAGAAAGAUAGACCAAGAAGGUUCUAUACAGGUGGGGACAUAGUGGACUAUUUCAAGCCUGCAAACAGUGACGGACUUAACAUCCAGUGGGAGGAGGUGUAUGACCGAGCUUCUCUUCUAUCUAUACUCAAAGAAAGCCCAGGUGGGAUGCUUGUGAUUCCGGUAACAUCUGGGACAGGUGAUCCGUGGACUCCAGUGGUUGAAGGUUCACUGCCAGAGCUGCCUCUCCAGGAUUGUCUAGAUUUAAUCCUUGCUUCAAAGGAUUCAUGGGGCAUCUACCUCAAGGUGAAGUCCCAGAUACAGCUAGCUACCUCACUAAAUCUGCUGCGAGAAGCAUACGCUAGCGACCUACUCUACCAUCCAGUCUGGAUCAACAUGGACAUCGCCCACGGAGUCUUCAACGUCGAAGGCUACAUCACAGGCCUGGAGUUUGUGAGAACCAUUAACCAGAUUUUCCCAUACGUCACCAUGGCUCCUAGCUGGCCUCAGGAGAGUCUGGAUCAGGGUUACACACCACAGAUGGUUGAGGACAUGAUGGAACUCUUCCAAGAGGUUUGGCAGGACGUCUCACUGCAGCUGUUGGCUGUCUAUCUGGAGAGAUCAGAGGGAAUUAGGAUUCUUCAACAAAGUCAGGCACGUUUUUCUCUCACGGCAGAGCACAGGGACCAAGGGAAUGGAGGACUUGGGAUGGAGAGCUUUAAGUUUGUUCGUAAUGGGACCAGACAGCGAACCUUUUACAACAUUCCGAAUGCAUUUAAGGGGUUUAUCAACCAAGAUACCAAAGAGUAUAAAUACAAGCAUGUAAAAUAAAGAGGUGUUUUGUAGGAAAUAACAACCGAAAGCAAAUUUUCUUUCACCACAUC